CUCCCGCCAACAGAUUCAUUACCUAGAUCUGAGAUAGAGCGAGAGCAGGGCGGGCACGUGAAGUGUUGAAAGAGUGAUAUGCCCGAGGCCCGAAGGCGCGUUCGGGACUCGUUCGGGACUCCCUCGGGACUCGUUCGCGAGCAGCGCGCAGCGUAACGCUCUGGCCACCAGGGCGGCUCCCGCCAUGUGAGAGCGGUUCCUGGGACACGAUCGGAUAUGACGGGCGGCGAACGGUCGCUCAACCACAUGGGCGUGAGUGGAAGCGGUCACUCCGAGCACCCGCCGCCCUGCCACAGGGCCCCGAGAAGCGCUCAGUCCGGCGUGGUGCAGAGCCCCGCCCACGCGCCCGCGAGAGCUGCAGGCGGCGACAGCAGCAUGGACUCCUUCAGGAAGUCGCCGGACCACAUGUGCCUGCACAAGGAGUCCUGCAUGGUGGAGAGCCUCACGCGACAGCUGCACGACACGUCCCUGGACCUGUUCGGCGAGGACGACUGCGUGGAGGGCGCGGACUCCGCCUUCGAGGAAGAGUCGUCCGACUUCUGGAUGAGUCCCGGACUCACUCGCCAGAACUCGUACCUCGAGUCCGUCCCUGAAAACUGCAGUCUGAGCCGCCGCUCCUCGCUCCUGGAGGAGGACCUGAAGGAGCCGCUGAGCCGCCGCGCCUCCAAGGACUCCCGCAGCGCCCUCUCCCGGCGGGGCUCCAUGCUGGACGAGCUGGAGCCCCGCGACGCCCGGGAGCCUCAGCCGCUGGGCCGGCGGGACUCCCUGCUGGAGGCCGUCCUGGCUGCCAAGCGCGGGGGCUGGCGCGGCCUCGUGCGCACCGACAGCAUGGAGAGCGGCGCCUCCAUGGCCUCCUCCAUGGCCUCCGUCAGCAGCAGCAGCGAGGGCUCGGUGUGUCCGUGCGACGACUGCAUGCUGGGCCUCACCGACCUCCUGCUGGUCCCGGCCCCGCACUCUCAGCCCUCGCGCCCCAAGAAGCCGUCCAACUGGCGCAAGUUGCGGAGUAUAGUACAGUGGACGCCUUUCAUCCAGACAUACAAGAAGCACAAGUAUCCAUGGGUGCAACUUGCCGGACAUCAAGGUAACUUUCUCGCUGGUUAUAAGCAAGGGACUAUACUGAAGAAAUUGUGCCCAGCAGAAGAGAAAGCUUUGGAAGCUAUUAAAAAAGAUAUUUUACGACCCUACGUUCCUACAUACAUGGGUGUGGUGGAAGGAACGGACGGGGAAAGGUACCUCCAGCUGCAAGAUCUUCUGAGCGACUUCACUCUUCCUUGCGUUAUGGACAUCAAAAUGGGUGUCCGCACGUACCUGGAGGACGAGCUGGCAAAAGCAAGAGAGAAACCCAAACUAAGAAAGGAUAUGUUUGAAAAGAUGGUACAGAUAGACCCCAAAGCUCCAACAGAAGCAGAGAACAGAGCUAAAGCUGUCACCAAACCCCGGUACAUGGUAUGGCGGGAGACCAUAUCUUCUACAGCUACCCAGGGAUUCAGGAUAGAAGGCAUGAGAAGAGGAGAUGGAACAUCCAGUAAAGACUUCAAAACUACACGCACAAGAGAGCAGGUUCUUGCCUCGCUCAAUAGUUUCCUUCAGGGAUACCCUCAUGCUGCUAGUCGAUAUGUCCAGCAGUUGAAGUCUAUCAAAGCUACAUUGGAGGCUUCUGCUUUUUUUAAAACCCAUGAGCUUAUAGGCAGCUCUCUUUUGUUUGUCCAUAAUGAAAGUUCGGCUUCAGUGAAGCUUAUUGAUUUUGCCAAGACCAUUCCUUUACCGGAAAAUGUAGAGAUCACUCACCGAAAGCCAUGGUCAGAGGGAACUCAUGAAGAUGGCUAUCUCCUAGGCUUGGAUAACCUCAUUGACUUGUUCUCAGUAAUAGAGAAGAAUCUUAAUGUAAAUGAUGCCAUAACAAAAACAGAAACACCGGAAACCACUACCAAUGCCACCACUCCAGAGGAGACCAACAGCAGUACCAGCAGUGCACUCACUACUAAUACCACCACCAACACAUCCAGCAACAACAGCAACAGCACCUCUACCUAGGUCAAAUACAGUACAAGUUGGAGAAGAAUGUACAAAGCCGUAGUGUCUAUGUCUAUAAAGAUUUAGUUAAAAAAAUAAUUUCUGUAUUAUAGAAACUUCUGCAAUGCUUCACUGUUAAUGACAUUCAGAAAACAAGUGGAUAGUACUGUGUGCCAUUAUGAAGCAGACAAUACUGAGUGUUCUGAAGUGUGAGAAAGAAAAUGGCUUGCCCUGUGAUGAGACUGUUCAGCAGUAAUGAAAGUUUACUGUUAACACCAUUGUGUAGAAAAGUGCAUACUCUUAUAGAAACACUAAUGGGACUAGCCAUAGCCUGUUCAGUGAAUAGUUGAACAUUUAAAGCCUGAUUCCAGGAAAAUAUUUUUUUGUGGCCUUUUGUAUAUAGCAAAUGUACAUAUCCUUGAUUACCUCUUAAAAAUACAAGUCAUGUAUAUGAAAUAACAUUACAGUUCCAGAACUGUUACAAUGGACUACUAAUAACUGUUACUGAUGCUCCACCUGUAGGACGUAAGCCAAAAGUCACUACUACUUUUAGUCACUUCUCCCCUCUUUCUCUCUUUUCUUUCUUUCAGGAAAAGUAUCUUUCUUGAUAUUUAUUGAAAAUGUUACAUCUUCAUUAAACAUUAAUUUAUU